UUUAGGAGCCGUUGCUGUGGACGGAGAGACGAGGAUGUGACCAGCCAUUGAGGGUGGCCAGGGUGCCGGUGAACCCCCCACAUCUGCUCGGUGUGCGGGCUGAGCUUCGAGGGCUGAGCUUCGAUGGAGGACCACAUGACGGGGAACAACAAGGAGAAGCGUUAUGAGUGCGAUGUGUGUGGCAAGGCCUGCCGGAGCCCGAGCCAGCUGGAGACCCACUGGCGGGUGCACACGGGAGAACGCCCCUUCAACUGCUCAGAGUGCGGCAAGAGCUUCACCCAGUCCAUCACCCUGCGAGUGCACCAGCGCACCCACACCGGGGAGCGCCCCUACACCUGCACCCAGUGCGGCAAGGGCUUCACCCGCUCCAGUCACCUGCUGGAGCACCAGCGCACCCACACCGGGGAGCGCCCCUACACCUGCAUCCAGUGCGGCAAGAGCUUCACCAUCUCCAGCAGCCUGCUGGUGCACCAGCGUAUCCACAAUGGCGAGCGCCCCUACACCUGCGCCCAGUGCGGCAAGGGCUUCACCCAGUCCAGCAGCCUGCUGUCCCACCAGCGCACCCACACCGGGGAGCGCCCGUACACCUGCGCCCAGUGCGGCAAGGGCUUCAUCCACUCCAGAGAACUGCUGCAGCACCUGCGCACCCAUACCGGGGAGCGCCCCUACACCUGCGCCCAGUGCGGCAAGGGCUUCACCCAGUCCAGCAGCCUGCUGUACCACAAGCGCACCCACACCGGGGAGCGCCCCUACACCUGCGCCCAAUGCGGCAAGGGCUACACCACCUCUACGAAGCUGCUGUCCCACCAUCGAACGCACACUGGGGAGCGCCCCUACACCUGCAGUGACUGCGGCAAGGGCUUCACCCAGUCCAGCAACCUGCUGCGGCACCAGCGCUCCCACACCAGCGAGAGCCCCUUCACCUGCGCCCAGUGCGGCAAGGGCUACACCACCGCUACGCAGCUGCUGUCCCACGAGCGGAUGCAUGCCGGCGACCGUCCCGUCCCCAGCCCGGUGUGUGUGGAGCGCUUUGCCAUGACCUCCCACGCCAUGUCUCACCAGAGCGUGCACACCAGUGGCCAGCCCUACGACUGCCCGUACUGCGGUGAGGAGUUUGACAGCUCGCGGGGGUUGCGGCAGCAUCGGCGGACCCACGUCGGCGAGCAGCUCCCACUGUGA